CUAUUUUGAAAUUGUGACCCCACCUUCUCUUGUCGUCGUGCUUUUGAGUAGAUUUCUUUCCUUUGGCAAUCUGCAGUACAUAUACGUCAAGAAUCAAUUGGGCUAUUAAAUUAAGUAGACAUUCAACCAUUUUAUUUUGUACCCAUUACACCAAGAGUAUCAAACAAGAGGCAAGACCAAACAAACCCAUCUCUCGGAGAGUAUUUGAAAUGUAGAUAUAGAUAUUGAAGAGGGUAAACCAUAUAAAGUUAAAAAUUUCCUGCUAUUUUUUUUUUCUGAUUCUGUGGAUCUGAGGUCUCUCUCCGAGCUCACAUGCAGAGGCUAAAUGAGAGAGAAUUAGGCUGAUCAAUGUUUCGAGAAGCUGGUUGUUAGCAGGAAAUUUGUCCAAGAAUUCAGAAUAUGCCUCAAGACAGUUUCAGAUACAGAUCAUUUGUCACAUGUGAUGAUCCGAAAGGUGUGGUUGAAUAUAGGACAAUCAGAAAAUCCAAGAUGAACUCUCAAAAAAAUGAGGGUAGAGUCAAAAGCUGUAGAACACAGAAGAAUCUCAAUGCGUCUUCUACGUGCGAGGGAAAAAGAGAGGAGACAGUCUCUAAAAGGAUUGCAGAAGAAUUUGAUAACCCAUCUUGCUGUCAACUGAUGGAGGUCUCUAAAGGAGCUCACAAGUUGAAUGGGGUGAUUGACUCAUGGUCUAAAGGGGCACCCUUUGAUGGCAAUUCUAAAGAUAUUGCAAAAGAUUUGUUGAAAGGAGCUCUUGAUCUGCAGGAGUCUCUAAUCAUGCUCGGCAAACUACAAGAAGCUUCGCAAUAUAGCGCUAAGUUGAAGAGAAAACAGGAGAAAUCGGAGAGAGGAAGAAUUGAUAAAAUGGGGGGUGAAAGAAUGAAUUCCAAUCCAUCUGAAGAUCAUAAUAACCAAAUGGGAUUUCAAAAUCCAAGAUUUUCUGUUGAUAGCUCUUCAAGGGAUGGUUUUGAGGAGCUUAGGCAAGUGAUCAGGGAUAGCCUUGCUAGGCAAAAUCUGCUGCCAAACAGUUCCGCCAAAGAAAAGGUUUAUUGUGAUAGGAGAACACUGGAUUCAGCUCUUGAUAUGCCCUCCACUAGCUCAAGCCAUUCCUCAGUUGAUCUCUCCCUAAAAUUUUCCUCUUCUGAGAGUUCCCUUUCAUCAAAUGCUGCGCAGAAGAAGCCAACUGGUUCAAAUGUAAUUGCCAAGCUUAUGGGUUUGGAAGAAAUCCCUUCAAAACCAUUGCAAUCCAAUUCCCGAAAACAGUUAGAGAUCAACAAAGUUUCAAAGCAGAGAAGACAUAUAUUUAAUAUCGAUAUGCCAAAGCCCAGAAAACCUCAGUUCAUUGUUCAGAGGGUGGAUCCAGAAGAGAAGACACUGAAAGAAAUACUCGAAUGUAUGCAGUUUAAAGGAGUUUUGAAAAGCAAUUCAGAUGAAGGGUUAAAGCCUCCAUCGUGUUAUCCUAAUUCUUGCCAUUCUAACAAGAGGUCCUUUAAUGAUGCUCCACCUAUUGUAAUUGUGAAACCUUUGCAUUUUUCAUCUCUAGAGGCAGAAACGCCUCGAAGGCAGAGUUUUAUUUGGGAAGACAGAGCUUUGGACAGUGAAGAGAUGCUCAGGAAAUUGAAAAGAAAAGAAGAGCUUCUACCAAAAACCAUUGACAGCAGAGAACUAGUUUGGAGCUCCAAUGAGAUGUGCAGAAACAUGGAAGCAAAAGAACCUCUAAUUAAAAGGCUUAGUCAGGAAGAAGUUAAAGACUGUGAAGAGGUAGAUGCAAAAUCAGAAGCAAAAAAAGUGAAGACUAAGGAGAAGCUGCCUUCCAAUAAGAUGAAACCUUCCGUUACUGUAAAUCCCAAAGCAAAGAAGGAAUCAAUUGAGAGAGAAGUGGACAAGAUUCAUAAGGUGACACCCAAUAGAAGGAAAUCAAUACAAUUUGAGAAUGGAAAAUGCAUUGGUGCUUCUAGAUCUCUUGAUCAAGCCAAGUUGAUCUCCACCGAAGUAAAAGAGCCCAGGAAAGGAUCAAACAUAUUGAAAAAUUAUACUGCUCAACAAGAAAGAAUACCCUCAAAUCCCACUUCAAGACGUCCAAGACCUGUGAAAUCUCCUAGCUCCACUAACCGGGAAAAGAAUUCGAAGAGUGAAAAGGCAGUUAGCGAGCCCUUGGCAGCUGAGUUAAAUGCUGAAACUAUAGGGUGCAAGGAAGUUACCAAGAUAAUCAACACUAUGCUUGAAAAUGAGCCUGGUCUGAUAAGAAAUGACACUGCAUCGGCAGAUCAACUCCUCACUGAGGAAGGAGCAGAUUUUUCUGAUAGUUGGAUCAAAGAACAUUGCAUUAAUAGCCAGAAUUCGCUCUGUGAGGUUACACUACAGACAAUCCAACAUGAAAGUAGCAUCCAGUCUUCCGAAGAAGCAAGCUGUUACAUCAAUCGUGACAAUACUGAGAAAAAAUGCUUCAGAACCAUAACAAAUCAAAAAGAUUUGCUCUUGAGUAACCUAACAUUCCUUAGCCUUGCAGAGGAGCUCUUCAAUAUCAAUGCAAAUCAACUUGCACUCUCGCAGACAGUGAGUGUAAAUGAUUCUGGAAUUACUGAUAGCAGACUCUUUGUUGACUGCGCAAAUGAGCUCAUGGAACUUAAAAGUCUUCAAUGUACACGAACUGUACGUCCGUUUUUACAUGCCCUCAUGCAGAAGUCAAGAACUUGCCUCUCCCUAGACCAACUGGUGGAGGAAGUUUGUAAUGAAAUAGAGAAUCUGAGAAGCUGUGAUAAGCUUGCGGGUGAAAACCUUCCCAUAGAAAGUUUUUAUGCAGUUAUGGAGAGAGAUCUGAAGACCGAGGGAGUGAUGAUGAGUCGAACAUGGGAUUUGGGUUGGAGGGAUGGAUAUACCAUGAGUGAAGUUGAGCUAGUUAUGAGUAACAUAGAGAAGCUAGUUCUAAGUAGCUUAAUCGAAGAAGUGCUUGCAGACUUUGUCCUCUAGAAUUUCAUUUCUGUUCUAUAUGGGGUUUAGAGGCUAGUAUUACUAAUUUCUGUAAAUAAGGACACUUUGGCUAAUACUAGAGGGAAGAGUAUACUCCAAAUGAUUGCUUGUGACAUCAAGGGUUUUAUCACCCUUUUCAAAAGAUCAACUUAUGAAUGGUUUGGUUAAUAUUUGAUGAUCAGGAUUUGGAGACAAACUUUCUGCUGACAUAAUUUAUAUAUUUAUGUUCUAAUAUGCAACAAUGGC